CAUGGAAGUUUGAGAUUUGUUAGGUCUACUGGAUUUUUCUCUUUAUUUAUGUAAAACUUAUUAGGGUAAUGCAAUACGUAAUUCUAUUCAACUCCACUCUCUCUCUCUCUCUCUAACUGUUUAGUCACUCUCACUGUCUCACACUCUCUGACUCGACUCCCACUUUGUCCUUCACUCUGACCUCUCCUCUGCAACUCCCUUCUCUCUCUCUCUUUUCACCCACAAACCCCACUUCCAUUUCGCCGCAAAACCCAAAUUUUCCGGCGAUAUGAUGCAAUUUCCACUCGGAAUAUCCCUGUUUCGGCUAUCUUAGGGAAAUCCAACAAGUAUCGACCAUGUCGGUCUUCGAUACAGCGUUUCUGAACAGUGAGCUCUCGAAGCCGACUUCAAUCUUUGGUCUUCGUUUAUGGGUAGUGAUCGGAAUCUGCGUUGGGGCUUUCAUUGUUCUCAUACUCUUCCUCAUCUCUCUCUGCAUUACGUCUCGUCGCCGUAAAUCUCCCAAAUACUAUCGCUCACUUUCGGGGAAGAGGCUUCGCGCCCGUGAGCUGACCCCUGUGGUCUCUAAGGAGAUCCAAGAGAUCCUCCAUGUUGGUGCUCCGGAUCAGCGCUCUGCGUUUCCCUCUGCUAUUCCAGAGAUCCAGAUCGACAUUGGGAAGCCUGAGCAUCGGGUGGUGUUCUCCGAUAGACCCUCUUCACACGCAAGCGGUGAGAGCCGAUCGACUAAUGCGACGGAUUCCACAUCCAUGGCCGUUGGGCCUCCUGAGGUUUCGCAUCUGGGUUGGGGUCACUGGUAUACUCUCCGGGAGCUUGAAGCGGCGACCAACGGAUUUUCCGAUGAGAAUGUGAUUGGGGAAGGUGGUUAUGGGAUCGUUUAUCUCGGCGUUUUGCCGGACAAAAACCAUGUUGCUGUUAAGAAUUUGUUGAAUAACAGGGGUCAAGCUGAGAAGGAGUUUAAAGUAGAAGUGGAGGCAAUUGGCCGAGUUAGACACAAAAAUCUGGUCAGGUUGCUUGGAUACUGUGUGGAAGGAGCUCACAGGUAUGAAUUUUCGAAAUAUAUUUCAAGUGCAACUGUCUUUAAGCUCAAGUCCUUUAUGGUAGGUUUCUGCUGAUGUUAGGUUCUGGGGAUUAAAAUUCUGUGGAAACUCAGUUUUAUGGUCUGAUUUGAACCUUGAGAUAUUUAUGAUUGUUUACUCCCC